AUGAAUGAUCAUGUAAUAUCAUCGACAGCUUUAUCUGUCGAACAUAAUUUAACUUUCACAUUAUUCAAUAAUCCAACAAUUUACUCGACAGAACCAAUAAAUAAUUGUAGUGUUACAUUACAAUAUAAAUUUGUUGAACACAUUUUUUAUCUUUAUUUUAUGUCACCAUUAUGUCUUAUUGGUCUUAUAUUAAAUGUAAUUAAUUUAAUUAUUUUUUCUGAUCGUUCAUUUAAAAAUUUAACAUUUAAAUAUUUACGUCUUAUUGCAUUUGUUGAUUGUAUAACAUGUACACUUGUAUUUAUUUAUUGUAUUACAAAUUAUACUCGACCACGUACAUUAAAUGAUAAAUAUUUUCGUAUAUGGUAUUUAGUUAAUGUCUAUUUUCCAUUAGCUAAUAUAACGGCUGCAUGUAAUGUUUUAUUAACAUUAACUGUCACGAUUGAAAGACUUGUUAGUGUACGUUGGCCAAUGUCAAAACAACAUUUAUUUAGUUCAAAUCGUGUAUUAUUAACAUUAAUUAUAUGUUUUUUAUUUCCAAUAAUUGCUAAUUCAGUUAAUUUUCUUGUAUAUAAAGUUGGUGAAUGUAAUAAUCUUGAUGUAACAAUAAUAGCAACAACAAAAGCUUAUAAAUAUUUUGGUAUAUGUAAAGAAAUUUUAUUACGUUUUAUUCCAAUAUGUAUACUUAUAUGUUCAAAUUGUCUUUUAUUAGCAACUGUACAUGCAGCUAAUAGAAAAUUUAAACCAAAAAAAAAUAAUAUUAAAGAAAUUUCAACUGAAAUACCAGCACCAAUAUCUCUUCAACCAUUAUCAAAUGGUUGUGAUAAAAAAUCAAUGAGUACAUAUACAUCUGAUACUCAAACACAAACUGAUACACGUUCACCUAUUUUAAUUGAUCCAACAAUAAAUGGAGAUGAUAAAAAAUCAUCUUCACCAGUAACAUCAAAAAAUAAAAUGCAUAUUAGAAAACAACAACAAGAAAAACAAUUAACUAUAAUGCUUGUUUGGAUAUCAACACUUUAUUUAUGUGGACAAAUUCCAAUGUUAUUUGCUUAUCCAAAUUUUAUUUUUAAAGAUACAAGUAAAUCUUCAUAUAAAUAUUAUGCAUUAGUUGUUAAUUUACUUGAAUUGAUAACAUAUUUAGCAAACUUUUUUAUUUAUAUUAAAUUUACAACACAAUUUCGACAAGUUUUUCGUACAAAAAUAAAACAAAUGUUCUGUUUCUUUAAAAACUCAUAA